AUGACCGAAGGCGCGACAAAACGUGGCCGAAGUGAUCCCGGCAAGUGCCGCGUCCGAAAAGGGAAGUUCGGCAGGCACGAUUGCCCGAUUAAGCAAGUGUCGAGGGGUGCGAAAGAGCGCCUGCUCGCUGCUGGGCGUGGCGAGAGGGUGGUGGGUGGUGGUGGCGAGAAGACUUUAAGAGGGUGUGUUGCCGAUUGGGAGUAUGCGUUUGCCACUCGACAAUUGCUCAAGCGCAUGGACGGCAGUCUCGUGAACUCGAACGAUCACUUUCGCAGCUCGAGCUCGCGCGAGCGUACCCCGCGUUCCAUUCGUCCCUCCUCCUCCUCCCAGCACUCUAGUGCAUCCAGCCGUCGCGCCCAUGCGCAAGUCCAUAGUCAAGAUGCCACGAUCCCUCGCACGCCGUCCUUCGAUGUCAACUCCGUGCUUGACGGAUGGGUCCACAGCUCACGCUCGCCACUCAAUGCGAUGGGUGCGGGCCAGUUGGUGGAGUCAUAUAACGGAUCUACCAGCCCACUUCAGCGCAAUUCCACGACACAGAGUCCGUUUACGCACCGAACCGUACACCAGCCUCCUCUUGCCGAACAAUCCCUACGGCCUGUACAGAGUCCCGUCGGUACAACCGGGAUGGACUUCGAUGCUAUGUUCUUACCUAGUCAAGUACCGUUCAUGGAGGACUGGGCAGGGCCAAGCACGUACAACGACUGCCUUGGACCUGACGCCGAAUGGAGUCGCCAGCUUGUCAUGCAUACCUCCGAAUGGCUUGCACGGGACACGCAGUACUCGGACCUGUACCCUCGAUGUCAGCCAAACCAUAGCAUGGCACCGACACCAUCACAAGACGCGCUCACCUAUGACAUGCUAGGCUCGUUCAGCGAGCUCGGAUUGACGGCCACUCCGUCCAGCAGUCCUCGCCGAAGUCUUGCCACACCGCCGCUCCUUCCAUCGGUGUCCGCGCCCAGUCAGAGUUCAACAUUGGGUAGCCAAAUGUCGUAUGACUCCAUCACGAGCAGCGAGCUCUCGGCGUACAGCACGAUGGACAUGAGCGAGCCGGCGUUUGAGGGCUUCUCUCCGCCCAUUGCGCCGUCGGGUUUACCGCCUUCGCCGAACCCGAUGAUGCUGCCGCUCCCAACGCUCGCCGGCGCCGGCCCUUCCAAGCCCUCUCCACCACCCAGCACGACCUCCCAAACCACUCUCUCCAAACCUGUAACCCCGCCUCGCUCACCGAACUUCGGUUACCGCACACCGCGCUUCCCAACACGAGAAGCAUGGGCAGCCGCCCACCUCGACGCGUACGGAGUAUUCAUCCCUCCAAAUAAAUGCUCCGAUGGCAAAUGGAGCCUUGUGAACAAUAACCAGACGUCCGGCUUCAUCCCGUCCUCGCACUCGCACGCGCGGGAGCGCGGCGCGUAUGCCUCCUCUACCACCCAGUACCCCGGCACCCAGCUCCAGCACGCACACGCCCAGCCACCUGCGGUACCGUUCCCCGAACACUUGGCGUUUCAGCCUCCACCCCAAAACGGCUUCCAGAAUCUCCCGGACUUGGCCGAUCCGGGCGCGAUGAAUGGCAACCUGGGCUGGGACCAGGGAACGAAUGUGAACCCCGGAUGGAUGACGCAGCCUGAAUUGUAUGAACCUGUCGUAGCGACUCAGUACGAUGCCGGACCACAAGAUCCGUUUGCGCACCUGCCAUUUCUCCCGGAGGCCAAUCCAUCCAACUCGCUCAUUCCAGACACUCUCCCCGACGGCCAGAGCUGGGACUACGACUUCUUGGAUGAAAUCCUUCGCGAGCUUGGGGUACAGACUCGGACUCAAGCACGGCAGAUGACAGCGAACGUUCAUGCAACAGGAGUGCAGUUGCCGCCUCCGCCGCCGGUCGUCGAGGUGUCUGGCCCAGACACGCAAUAUGAGCAUGGGCUGCAGUUCACCCAGCAAGGCGACGACGCACGCACCUUUAACUUCCCUACCCCACACGCGCCCUUACUUGAGACUUCCCCGCUUCCUGGUGAUACCCCUCCUCCCUACUCCUCCUCCGAGCACCUCCUCGCUGCCUCAUCGCCGUAUGCAACACCGGCGCUCUCGAGCCCGACUCGAUCCGUCCACGAGUCGGCGUACUCCUUGCCAGCAGAUGAGGCGAGGAGCAUAACGUACGAUUGGACCCGUAGUACGGACGGCACGUCCAGCCUGAGCUUUUCCCAGCAAACGGCGACGGCCGCGCCGGCAUUCUCGCCCGUAGGUGGCCCAUCCAGGCUUCCAUCAACACCACCACCACCACCAUCACGCAAGAGGUCUUCCAAGCGCAAGCGCGUAGAGGAAGCGGACGCUGGCCCAGCACGAAAGAAACGCGCUCCUCGAAAGGGCACGGGCGAGCCGCACAAGUCGGGCGAUCGUCCGCCCGGGUUCAAGUCUAAAGCGGAGUGGGAGGCCGCGCAUCUGGAUGCGGACGGCGAACUGAUCCCUCCGACAUCCGUGGGCAAUAACAAGUGGCAAUGUGCUUGUAUGCGCGACCCCAUGAAGGCGGUAGAUUGGAGAACCAUCCAGGAGCGCCACAGGAGUUACAGGGAGGUCGAGUUCUGCACCGUGGAGGGAUGUGGGAAGCCAUUCUCGCGACUCGACGCACUCCUUCGCCAUUUGCGUGCCCAGCAUAAGAUGAAGAUUGAGAAGAAGAAUGCCAAGAAAAAGAGAAAGAUCGAGGAGAACUCGGGUCGCCAGAUGGGCUCAAGAGGCGGAGGGAGGGAGCACUGA